CUCCAACGAGACUCUCUCCUGUGUCAUCAUCUUCGUCAUCGUUUACUACUCCCUGAUGUCGGGUGUCAUCUGGUUUGUCAUGCUGACCUACGCCUGGCACACCUCCUUCAAGGCACUGGGCACCACCUACCAGCCACUGCUGGGCAAGACCUCCUACUUCCACCUCAUCACCUGGUCCAUCCCCUUCGUCCUCACCGUGGCCAUCCUGGCCGUGGCGCAGGUGGAUGGUGACUCUGUCAGUGGCAUCUGCUUCGUGGGCUACAAGAACUACCGCUACCGGGCCGGCUUCGUCCUGGCGCCCAUCGGGCUCGUCCUCAUCGUCGGGGGCUACUUCCUCAUCAGGGGGGUCAUGACACUCUUCUCCAUCAAGAGCAACCACCCCGGGCUGCUGAGUGAGAAGGCAGCCAGCAAGAUCAACGAGACCAUGCUGCGCCUGGGCAUCUUUGGCUUUUUGGCCUUUGGCUUCGUCUUCAUCACUUUUGGCUGCCACUUCUAUGACUUCUUCAACCAGGCAGAGUGGGAGCGAAGCUUCCGGGAAUACGUCCUGUGUGAGGCCAACGUGACCAUUGCCACACAGACCAACAAGCCCAUCCCAGACUGUGAGAUCAAGAACCGGCCGAGCCUGCUGGUGGAGAAGAUCAACCUCUUUGCCAUGUUUGGUACUGGUGUCUCCAUGAGCACCUGGGUCUGGACCAAGGCCACUCUGCUCAUCUGGAAGCGUACCUGGUGCAGGCUGACGGGGCAGAGCGACGACCAGCCCAAGAGGAUCAAGAAGAGCAAGAUGAUUGCCAAGGCCUUCUCCAAGCGCAAGGAGCUGCUGCGUGACCCGGGCCAGGAGCUGUCCUUCAGCAUGCACACUGUCUCACACGAUGGCCCCGUGG